CAUGAUUCACACUAGGGGCAGAGCGCCCGGAAGCAUCGUGUAGGCGGCGCUUUCGCUUGGCUACGCCUGAUUGGCCGGGAGGACAGCUGCAGUUUUUAAACUGAUUGGUCGGGGAGGUGUUCGGAGCGCCGUUAUUGGUAAGAUAUGGUUUGAUCCCGGGUUGCCCGGCCGCGUCGAGGCAUACAGCAGAGCUGGGCGGGCGGGGCGGGACGGCGCAGGCGAAGGCGAAGGCGAGGGUGAAGCACCAGGGCUCCUUGCCCCGCCCCGCGGAGCACCACCUCUCCUGCGGCUCCUCCUCCACCAAUGGGAGCCUCCCUGGCGCGUAGUUUAAAAUGGUUUAAAUCUAGCUGGGCGAGCUGUCAGUUGGGCCUGGCCAUGGGUACUGGAGGGAUGUUGCAGAGUUGCGCGCAGCCGCCGUCGGCUCCCCCACGGGGUAGCACCGCCCCUGAGCCGCAGCCCAGCCUGCCGCUGCUGCUGCCGGGGCCCUGCGGGGGAGCAGCGGCCCGGGGCGGCCCGUGCUCCAGCCUCUGGCUGUGGAGAGCUCUGGCCCUGCUCCUGCUGGCAGCUGUCCUGGCGCUGGGGAUGGCACUGGCGCUGAAAGGAGCUGUCACUGAGACUGCAGCUGCCACUGUUAUGACAGAGAGGUGCAGACCCUGCCCAGAAGACUGGAUUUGGUACAGAAAUCAGUGUUACUAUUUUUCCAAAGAAAUGCAAAACUGGAAUAGCAGUUGGAAGUUCUGCUGGUCACACAAUGCUACCCUUGCUAUGAUAAAAGAAAAAUCAGCACUGGACACUAUCUACUCUAAUAAAGGGGAAGAAAAUUACUGGAUAGGUCUAAGGAAAGAACCAGAGGGAUGGCGGUGGGUAGAUGGAUCGCCUUUCAUUAAUGACACAAUUUCAUUGGAAAAAGAGGGGCAAAACAUGGCCUGCGCAUACCUAAAUAUGCUGGGUUUGGCUGCUAUCGACUGCAUGUCUUUGAGACCUUGGAUCUGCGUCAGGAAGUCCACUUGAGCUCUCUUAGUCAGCAGAGCACAGCUUGUUCAAAAUUUCAUUGGAAAAAGAGGGGCAAAACAUGGCCUGCGCGUACCUAAAUAUGGUGGCUUUGGAUCCUAUAGACUGCAUGUCUUUGAGACCCUGGAUCUGUGUUAAGAAGUCCACUCAGUCAACAGAGCACAGCUUGUUCAAGUAAGGCACAAGUGCAACUUGUGUGGUUUUCCAUUUUCCCCUGGGGAGGCUCCUCCAUUGUACUGGAUUGUAAUUGGGAGAAUAAAUGACUGUCACAUUU